AUGUUGCAGCAUUUCGUCACCACAUAUGGGGAUCACUUUCUUCAAGCUAUUAGGCAUCUGUCACAAGAUCUUAAUAUGUCGUUGGAUGGGGAAUUGAGCAUACAAACUGUUUCAGUGAAAAAGGUGACUCCUGUUCAAACCCUUCCAAAAAAGCUUACACCAGCAAAGUUUGAAGCAUGGAGAAUGUGGCAUGAAGACGGACAUUCGAUGGAGAAAAUUGCUAACUUCCCUGGUAGAUCUGCCCCAAUUAAAGAAGGAACUGUCCUCAGUUAUCUCCUUGAGGCUUUUCAAGAAGGCUUAGCUACUGAUUGGCCCAGAUUUUGUGCUGAGAUUGAACUUACACCCGAGAUGUUCACGAAUAUAUUGGAUGCAGUUACAAAGGUUGGCUCAACUGAAAAGUUGAAGCCCAUUAAAGACGAAUCACCUGAAAAUGUGAGUUCUGUACAAAAAUUGUGUGCUUAG